AUGGCUUACCAGUUGUCUGCUUCUGAUCGUGAGGCUAUCGCGGCCAUGCUUAACGAUCCGUGGAUGGAUGUUGAUGAUGAUCAUGCUAAUACGUAUCGCUUAACCACUGAGGAUCAGGACGCCAUUAACCAUAUGCUAGCUAAUCCCAAUGAAUUCAAUGAACACGAUGAGCAGACUCUCGUAACCGCCUUACUACAUCACGACGAAGUUAAUCAGUUAAGUCCAGAUUCUCUAGCUGCCGCCCUUGCUCUUGCACACAUGGAUGACUGGCAAUAUGAGGAUCCACCGCAAGCCGGCGGAAGUGUAGCCAGGGGUGAGUCGAUCCCGGAUUUCACAGGCCUCUUCCAGCUUGUCAAAGAAUCGGAGCGCGUUUUCAAAACUUUCAACAGCACCGAACAGAAGUACCGCGUUGAAAUUGCCCCCCUACCCCGAAUUUUCCAAAAGGAAGAGACCAUGCUCAUUAUGCCAGAAAUCUUACGCGUCAUAAUGGAUAUGUGUUUUAAAGAGUUCGCUCCUACGGACCGUGUUGUUGUGGCUCUGAAAUCCGACGGUCUCGAAAGAGCGUUCUACUUAACCAUGCGGAAGCUUUCUGACUUCAGCAUACCCGCGUUUUUGCAUCGUAUUGAGCUGUUGAACUCUGGGCAGAAGUUAGUCAUUGACGAUUCAUUCACCAUACGUAUCUGGCGCUCUAUUAUGCCUGCUGGUGGAUCCUGGUUUCUCAGACAUCAGUACGUUAAGCAUGACAAGAAUCGUUUCAAGACGUCCAUUGUAUCCGUCCGUGUAAACAAUAACCUAUGCUUACCCGCCGCUCUGUUUCUGGGAAAAUUUCGCCUGACGCAUGAUUUACAAGUGCCGCAGCAUAAAAAUAAAUGGAACAACUAUAUACGCUCGGACCGCACAGCCAAUCUGGAAGACCAAGCUGUGAAGAUAAUGGAAGAGUGUCUUCUACCCCCUGGCCGUUACUGUGACCUUGAUGACCUGGAAGUGUUGCAGAAGGAAGCCUUCCCAGAGUUCCAAAUCAAAAUCAUUUCAGCCAACCAGGGUGAUAUGAUUAUUGCACGGGUACCAGAGCGUAAAACCCAUGAUAUGCAGGAAAUCUUUCUGUUGCUGGACAAUGAGCAUUUUAACCUUGUCACCACGGCUACUGGGUUCUACUGCUCCCCCUACUUCUGCAAUGAUUGCGAUCGACCGUACCAUCAUAAAGAACGUCACCGCUGCGGAGGCAAGUGCAGAUUGUGCUACCGUGCCAAGAGCAAUUGUCUGGUGGAUAAUCCCGUCAACUGCACUGACUGUCACCGCCGCUUUCUCAACCAGCAGUGUUUCGACAUUCAUAAAAGAACAAGGAAAAACGGGAAAACCUACUGCCAGACCAUGUUCAUCUGCCAGAAAUGCGGAGUGUUUGUGAAUCUUUCCACUCGGGGAAAGGAUGCAAAGCAUCAGUGCGGUGAAUUUUACUGCAACACAUGCUACGGCUAUUUCCUCCAAGCCAACCAUUGUUGCUAUAUAAAGCCUCUGAAGGCGCCAGCAACACCCUGGCUUGGCGAUGAAGAUAUGAAAUAUAUUUUCUUCGACUACGAAACCUACAAUGAUCCUGUGAACGGACACGUACCCUCGUGUAUUGUGGCGCAGUACGCCGACGGUUCCGAAGUCCGCUUUCCAGAAGACGGUCAGCCGAUGAAUACGGAAGUUGGUGAUGCUUUUGGUCGUUGGUUGCUUCAAGAGAAGCAUCGUGGGUUUACCAUUAUCGCGCAUAAUUUUCGGGGCUACGAUGGGCAUUUUGUCCUGAAGUAUAUGUUGGAUAAUGGAUUGAAAGGGGUGGAGGUCAUCAAACGGGGUACGCAACUGCUGGAAUUGAAGUACCGCAAACUGGGCAUCCAAUCCCGAGAUACACUCAACUUCCUGGCACUGCGGUUGAGUCAACUACCGAAGGCUGUUGGUUUGGAGCUUGAAGUGCAGAAAGGUGAUUUCCCUCAUCGGUUUAAUAAGCCUGAGAAUUGGGAUAAAGUCGAUUUGCCUUGGCCCGAUCCGGAUCAGUAUAUGAUUGAUGGGAUGCGGAAGCAGCAGAAAGCUGAAUUCCUCAAGUGGCACGCUGAAGCAAAAGCCGCCGCUAAUGGAGUAUUCAACUUUCGCGAGCAGAUGAUGACGUAUUGCUCGAACGAUGUUACGGUCUUGCGGCUCUGUGCGUUGAAGUUUAUCAACGACUACCGUACACUCACUUCGUUGAAUCCCAUGGAGAGCAUAACCAUGCCCGCCGCCUGCUAUCGCUACUGGAAAACCUUUCACCUUCCUGAAAACAAAGUCGCUGCCUUAGCCAGCCAUGGUCCUCACAGAAACCGACGCACCAGUAUCCAGGCCGCGCAAUGGCUGGAAUGGGAGAAUAUGAGUGCUAAUGGGCGCAUACGCCAUGGUCGAAACGGAAAAGAAGUCAAAAUUGGUCGAUACUUUGUAGACGGCCUCGACGAGGAAACCCAAACCGUUUACGAGUACAAUGGCUGUGUUUUCCAUGGGCAUCCCGCUUGCACCGACGAAAACGAUGUGGUCCCGUACUCCAAGAAGAAAAUGCGAGAAGUCUACGAAGAAUACCUAGAACGUGAGCGUUUUCUCGAAAGCCAGGGGUACACUGUGGAAGUGAAAUGGGGUUGUGAGUGGCUCAGAGAGCGGGAGGAUCCAUUUAUUGCCGGAUUUUUGCAGCACACGAACAUACGAGAGCCAAUGAAUCCACGUGAUGCCUUCAAGGGCGGGAGGACAAACGCCAGUCGUCUAUUUUACGAAGUAAAGCAUGGGGAAGAAAUUAGACACUUUGACGUUGUCAGCCUCUAUCCCUUUGUGAACAAAACGAAGGCGUAUCCAGUUGGUCAACCUGAAAUAAUCAUAUCCAAUUUCAAGGAUGUCAAAGAUUAUUUCGGGUUUGUUUACUGUAAAGUCGCUGCACCGGAUGAAUGCCUGUAUCCAGUCUUACCGUUGACGAUCAACGACAAACUGAUGUUUGUUCUAUGCAAAAAAUGCGCAAUGGAGAAAGUGACCAGCCGCUGUGUCCAUUCCGAUGAAGAACUGUCUUUCGAAGGGAUCUGGUGCACACCAGAGCUACAUCAUGCGGUGGAUGUGGGGUACCGGGUUGUCGAAAUGUACGAAGUCUGGCACUGGGCGCAGACGGACACCAAACUCUUUGCGGCGUAUAUGAAUAAGUUUCUGAAAGUGAAAAUGGAAGCAAGCGGUUGGCCUGCGUGGUGCGAUACGGAUGAGAAGAAGGCAAAUUUCAUUCAGAUGGUCAAAGACCGUGAAGGUAUUAUCCUGGACCCUGACGCCAUGGUUUUUGAUGCCGGAAGGCGCUCGCCAAAGUCGCGCUGA